AUGCUUCUUGAGAGUCGACAAGUAUGCGCGAACGUAAUUAGCCUUCACGGCGCACCUGUAUACUUUGUUAACUACCUUAGCAGUUUAAGGGUUAAAUGGUGUAGGGACGCAUCCGAGAAGCUCUCCAAGGGUGGUUGUGCAUUGGACAUCCUUUCCAGACUCGACAUCGUUAAUAUCGAAACCACGAACGGAGGUCGGCAUAAUGUGUUUGAGUCGCUUCGUUAA